AUGGAUAAAGAAAAAUAUCGAUUCACGGGAGAUAACGCGAUUGACGAGCCACUACCGGCCGAACACUGUCGACAACUAUUACAAUUGAUUAAUUCCUCUAAAGAAUUAGCAACACGAGCGAUCAAUGCCAAAAAUAAGCAAGAAGAGAUCACUCAAGCCAUUCAAGAGGGAGUUAUUCAAGACAUAGAUAAU